AUGUCUCUGAAAGAACCCAGCCUUGGGAGGUUGUGUGCGGCACUGCAGGUGCCGGAGAUCGAGAUCAUCGACAUCGCGGAGAAUGUGUGCAACCUCAAGAAGCAGGAGGCGGACUGGAUGCUCCGGAUCGACAUCGUCGAGAAGGGCGAUAAGCUCGAGCUUGUGGACCAAGAUGAGGAGGGACAUUGCAAUUCAGAAUGCAAGACCAUUGAGCGUGCAUGCCAGGAGGUGAUGGGUUAUGCUGAUACAGAUGUUGCUGAAUUUGUCUACACAAAUAAGCCUUCAGUUGACGAGCUGAUAAAGUUUGUCUGUAAAGAUAUUACCAAAGCAUGUGCUGCGGCUCCACCACCAGUUCCAAAAGAUCGGGUCCCUGGAGAGCCCUUUGCUGCGAAGCCAUCAAAAGAUGCUGAGAUGGAGAAGAUAAUGAGAUCAAUGGAGGGCAUCCCAGGAGCCCCGAACAUGAAGAUGUACUCUAGGGACGAUCUGAUGAAGAACAACUUUGGUGCUGAUGAAGGCGGCGAUGAUGAUGAUGAGGAUGAUGAAGACGAGGAGGAUAACUUCCCCAAGAACUUGGGAAAAGUUCUAAAAAAUAAGGGUCCACAAAAGAAAGAUUUGAAGCAACAGGUUGUGAAACAGAUCCAGGAUACCGGCAAAAAAUUGAAGAGCCAUGUGAGCAAGGUGUCAAAAGUGGUAAAGAAAUGGUGGCAAGGGAAGAAGAAGCCCGCAAAGUCCGGCAAAACUGAGCUAUGAAGACCACAAUAUUCCCAAAUCGGUCCAGUAAAUUGAUGUCCCAUCCAGAACGUUGGUAGAGAAAGAACUUCAUGACAUGUACGAUGAUUUUGAGAAGCUUUUAGUGUAUACUAGUUGAGAAAGUAGACUCUGGAGUUGAAGCAUGCUCAUUCACGAGUAAUAGUUAGAUCAUCGGCUGUCUUAUGGCUUAUGGAGUUGAAGUAGACAAGGUUGCUGAAGUCGCAGUUUGAUUUUUUUUGUGUACGUGAUAUUGUA